UUUGUGCGCAUUUCCUUCUACAGCCGUGCCGUGCAGCCCCGCGUCCGCCCCGCUGUGUGCCCUCGUCGCCGUGCCUUUGAAGGAAGGAGAGGAAGCCACACGGAGGUGGUUGCCCUCCUGCCGCCUCAUGCCACGGCCCCGUUCCGCCGCCAGUCCGGGGACCUGCAUGGAUGGGCAUGGGGAGAGCUGGGCCUUCCCGCGCCGCCUGUGCUGAGCCGCCGCGCCGCGCAUCGCUUGCCGCCGUCUGUCUCCUCGCCACCCUGGGGCCACUGCUGGGCUCAGGUGAUGGCCAGCGGCAAACACCUUGUCGAAUCCAGAAGUGCACCACUGAUUUUGUAUCCUUAACUUCACAUCUAAAUUCGGCUCUUGAGAGCUUUGAUUUGGAGUUCUGCAAGGCCCUGCGAGCAUACUCUGCCUGUACCUAUCUCAAUUCCAAAGUAUGCCGUGGAAACCUAGUUUACCAUUCUGCAGUACUUGGGAUCAGUGAUCUCAUGAGCCAGAGAAACUGUUCCAAAAAUGGACCCACAUCAUCCAGCGACCCUGAAGUAACCUAUGAUUCCUGCAAUUACAGUGGCCACCCAGAAACCAGAGAACAUCAGGGCGGGGAGAAGACUGCUCCCCCUACUUACCUAUUUUGUGGCUUGUUUGGUGAUCCUCAUCUGAGAACUUUUAAGGAUCACUUCCAGACAUGCAAAGUGGAAGGUGCUUGGCCUCUUAUAGACAAUAACUUCUUAUCAGUGCAAGUGACCAAUGUGCCUGUGGUAGCAGGAUCCAGCGCUACUGCUACAAAUAAGAUAACUAUUAUCUUUAAAUCAUACCAAGACUGUACAGAUCAGAAAGUAUACCAAGCAGUGACUGAUGAUUUGCCUGCAGCUUUUGUUGAUGGUACAACAAGUGGAGGUGAUGGGAACACCAAGAGCUUGCGAAUUGUGGAGAAAGUCAGUGGCAAAUACAUCGAAAUGCAUGCCAGGUACAUUGGAACGACAGUGUAUAUACGCCAGCUUGGGCACUACCUAACUCUGGCCAUUCGCAUGCCUCAAGAAGUGGUCAUGGCCCAUGAGGAGAGCCAGGAUCUGCAGCUGUGUGUGAAUGGUUGCCCUUCAAGUGAACGUAUCGAUGAUAAUGGCCACUUACCAUUACCUGUGAUGGAUCACUUGCUCCCUCAGCAUGGUUCCGCUCAUCCCCAAUCAGUGUACACACUGGAAGCUGCCACCACCAAGUGCCAUGAGAAGAUGCUGCUGAAGGACUUAUAUUUUUACUCAUGUGUAUUUGAUCUGCUCACCACUGGUGAUGCUAACUUCACAGCUGCUGCUCACAGUGCUUUGCAGGAUGUGGAGUCACUGCACCCCAGAAAAGAGCACUGGCAUAUCUUUCCCAACAGUGAAGGUGGGGGUGUGGAAAAGGGUAACAAAUUCUUUGUUGGUCUUGGACUUGUGUGCUUGAUCCUUGUUGUGUUUUUGUAGAGCUUUUUUGUCUAUAACAAAGUUUUGAAAUAUAUCUAUUGGCAUAAUAUAUUGAUAAAUAUAAGUAUAUAUGUAUAUACCAUGUAUAUGAAGGGGUGUUUUGUCUUGGGACACCCACCAGAUUGUACAUACUGUGUAAAUGUUUUAAUGUGUGAUUGCUGUAGUAUUCUUUGUAUCUGUUUUGUAAUUGAUGAGAUAUUUUAUAAUGUCCCUGCAUUGGGUCCUGAUAGAAAGCACUUUAUUUUUUUAUAUAUUAAAUAUUUAUGUGUGUCUGAGUAUGUAUUAUACAUAUAAACAUGUUCAUACAACAUUCAGUGCUACCUCUAAGUACUACUUAGUUUAACACAAUUCUUUAAUGGGAUUUAUUCAUGGGGGUUUUCUGUCACUUCUCUUGCUCCAGAGACAGUACGUUUCUUGUUCUGUAAUGGCAUUGGUGGUUUGCUGGGCU